AUGAAUUACCGGCGCCCACCUUACAAUGUGUCGGGCAUGACGUCCGUGAAGGUGGACAACCUGAACGACGCCACCACAGCCAACAGCCUGCUGAGUAUCUUCCAGAAGUUCGGGGAGAUCGGCGACGUGUACAUCCCACGAGACCGCUUCACUCAGAAGCCUCGCGGCUUUGCCUUCGUUCGUUUCCUGAGCAGGUGCCAUGCCGAGGAUGCCAUUGAUGCCCUAGACCAGAUCAUGGUGGAUGGCCGCGUCCUGCGCGUGCACAUGGCGCGCUACGACCGCCUCGCCAACCUCCAGAGCGGCGGCCACGAGGAAAGUCUCGCCCGCAGGUACGAAGGGUGGAGCCUCAGCCCGGUGGGGCCAAGCGCGCUCCAGCCCCAGGGCGCGGCUCACUCCGGCCUCGAGAAGUCUCCAGCUCGCUCUCCUGAUACAACUCCCGCAGCCUUUGAGUACACGUCCACCACCUGUUUCGAGUCCAGCCUCUCGAUGUCCGGAUCUUCCUCGGCGGCAGCAUCCGGGUUGGGAUCCAGAAGCCUUCCAGCAGAGGAAGAGUCCGCGUCACCGCCCAAGAACCCCUCCAAGUCUCCUGAAGACGAAGGAGCGGAAGCUGAUGAAGAAGACUCUUCAGAUGAUAUGUCUAGCAGUGACUCUUUAAUAGACUGGUGUAUCUCUUUCAAAUAA